UACACAAAAUAAAACGGCUUAGAAGGUGGUGACUGGCAAAGUGGACAAGGAUUUGAUUUUGUCAAAGCGAAAGAAAGAUUUGUUUUCUCUACUCUCCUGUCUUUGCAAUUUUCACACAACAGCUUCCACGUCUGCUGGUGACAAGUUAGUGCAGCAUUUGAUCAGGGACUAAUCAUCUUUGUCUGUACAAACACAUUGGGUUGUGAUGCAACAGAUCAGCAUUCUAGGAAAGCUGGCAGCAGUGUUUAUCGCCAUUCCAGCAACUAUCUGUCUAGCCUACUGGCUGUUUGUGCGAAGGGACGAUGAUGAUGAAUAUGGUUCUAAAAAAGUGGAAAUUACAUCACGACAGACAGUUAUCCAAGUGGCUGUACCUAACAAAGCCGUAGGUUCAGUAAUAGGGCGCCAAGGCAUCACCAUCAAAGAGAUUCAUGAGAUGUCAGGUGCCAAGGUGUAUUUCAGUGACCAUGACAGCAACCACACAUCUGAAGAGGAUCGGUUGGUGGUCAUUCGAGGCACAUCAGAGGAAGCUCUGAAGGCAGAGCUGAUGAUUCGCAAGAUUGUGGCAGAUGUGUCCAACAUCAUUACUGAGGAAGUCCAGGUGCCAGGCUACUGCUUGGGCAGAAUCAUUGGACGUGGAGGAGAAAAUAUCAGGAUGAUCUCACGCUUGUCACAGUGUAAAAUUGUUGCUGACAAAAGCCACAGAUCACAAAGAACUUCAGCUUUCAGAGUAAUUUCUAUUACUGGACAUCAACAGCAGAUCAAACUAGCAAAGUCUUUGAUUGAAGAAAAGGUUUCAGAAGAAGAGGAGUCUCGUGCAAAAACCAGAGUCAAUGAUGGGAGCAGAGAACAACAGAAGCAAGCUAAAGCACAUACUAAUAGGGAAAAAGAGGAACAACUAUUUUCAUUGCCAUCAAGAGUUGUGGAGGAAGGGGAACAAUGGGAUGUCGGAAUCAAAUGCUCAGAAUCAUCAUCAAUUAGAGAUUCCAUGGAAGUGUUUGUGUCAGCUGUAGAACAUCCAGGACACUUCUGGGUCCAGAUUAUCACAGCAUCAUCAUUACAGUUAGACAAAAUGACGGACGAUAUGACAUCUUUUUACAACAACUCAGCCACAGCACAGACUUACGGUGUCUCGGAGGUGAGGCCAGGUGACGUGGUUGCUGCUCCUUUUGAAGCUGAUAGAGCAUGGUAUCGUGCAAGGAUACUUGGCAUGCAGGAAGGAAAUGUAGAUUUGUACUUCAUUGACUUUGGAGACAAUGGUCUUGUCAAACCUGACCAACUGAGGCAACUCAAGCCAGAAUACCUCAGUUUACCUGUCCAGGCUAUUGAGUGCAAGCUGGCGGAUGUGGAGCCUGUAGGUGGGAGCUGGAGUGAUGAAGCCUGUGAGACCUUUGAGCGUCUCUGUCAUUGUUCUGAGUGGAAGAUUCUGGCUGCACAAACUGUGAAAUAUGAACUCUCAACUUCAGGAGAAUUGCUGCCAUGCCUUCAGUUAUUUGACAAUAGCAAAGACCAGCAGGUAGACAUUGCAGCAGAAUUAGUCGUCCAGGGAUUUGCAUUCCAGUCUUCACAAGCUGCAUCAGCCCAGGCAACAGAAAUGGUUAGAACAGAAACUGAAGCUGAUUGUCAUCUAGAUCUGAAAUUCAACUCACUGUAAAGUACUCAUACUUUCUAUGUUCUCAGGAUAGCAUGGAAUCUCAUUUGAACUUUGCCAUCAUUGCAUAUCUUACCUUAGCCUGCAUUAUAACUUCACUGACCUGAACCUGCAGCUGAGACUUGUUACAGCAAUUCUUGAAAGAAGAAUUUGUUUUUGAUGGUGCAGUUUACAUUUUGCAUGCUAGUGUCUCUCUUUGUACAUUUACUGUAUUCUGUACUAAUGCCAUGUACAUUUCUUUGUACAGAAAAUGUUUUUAUAUUUUCACAGAAAUAAAGUGUCAAGGUUUUUUCCUUCGGCUUCUGCUAAAGGUCGUGUGUGUUUGACCUUCUGGACUAGGAAAAGAAAAGAAGACCUUAAUUCAAAAGAGAGUGCACCUUGAAGAGCAUGAUAUAUUGUUUAAAAGAUACAUAAAAAAUCAUUAUUUAGUGGAUUUAGUCAGCUUCAUAUUCAGAAAUUUGUAUUAUUCUUUCAUUUUUCUUUACUUUUUCAGUGUGGCUUCUGCAGAUAUAUGCAGAGAUAGAAAAAACCACACAGAAAGGUCUCAUUCAUCAAUAAUAGGAAAACCUAUAUUGAUUGGAUAUAUAGCUUGUGUAAUUCAGCUUUAUUAUCUAAGAAUAAUCUGACAUGAGAUUGCUGUUAAGGAAAAAUAUAUCUAUUGAACUUAUUCUGAAUUAGUGUUGAAACAAAAAUUAUUGUUGAUCAAGAUAUGUGUUCAUGGGGAAAAUGAUUCCAUUCUCUUGUAACCUACACAAGCCAAUGUACCAGUAUGCACCACAUAGUAUGCCUUGAUGACAUUUGAGAUUAAAUUUUAUUUUAAUAAGAAUAAUUGAAUUUAUAAAGCACAUUUCUCCAUUUGGAUGCAAUCUCAGUGAGCUGCACAUGAAAGACUACAAAUGAACUGACAAGUUCAUAAGCUUGAAACAGAAGCAAGAAACAUAAGCUUUAGUAAACAGAUGACAUCAUGGCAAAAACAUGAACUAAGUGUAUGGAUGUAGUGAGAAGAACAGUAUUGUGCAAGAUAUCUCUUAAAGAGAUGAUGGGCUUUAAGGUUAGACUUGAAGACCUCAAAUGUUGAUGCAGUUUAAAGAGAAAUAGGAAAAGAACUCUAAGCAGUGAGGCAUGAGAAGGAAAAGGAACAUUUGCUGAAUUUCUUCUGUCUAACGCAUGACACAGGAGAGCAAUCCAAGCAGACCAAACAGACUUGGGCAGUAAAACAUCAAUAGUUCAGAUAAGUAUGCUGGAGCAAGGCCAUGAAGACCAUGGUGGCACAGCAUGGCUAUCUUGUGAUCUGUGGGAGCUUAGUCUGGCAGCCAGCAAAACUUAUAGAGGAGGGGUGUAGUAUGGUCUGUUUUUUGCGUUUGGAAGACAAUAUGAGCAGCAUUAAUUUGAGUCCUUUGAAGUUUGACCAGUGAGCAGUUAGGAAGAUCCGUGUAUAGAGAGUAAUUAAGCCAGGACAGCGCAAAAGCAAUCACAAGCUUUUUGUUGGUAUUAAAAACAGACCAAAGAAUGGAAGCUUCAAUCAUUUGGCCAAAAAGCUGAGAAGGAACCAUAGCAAUGUCAUUACAAAUGCCUCAGAAGGCCCCUUCAGGACUGUGCAAUGGAACACCUAUCUCGAGGACUUCUGCUAAAGUACGGAAGUUUCAGGGAUAACCAAUAAAAAAGACCAACCAAACUCCCUUCCUUUGGUCAUGCUGUAAAUACUACAUCAGUUUUAGUAUAUCUCUGUGGCCAUAUCUACACAGAUGAGGCAUGUGAUGCUGCCAUUCAUAAUGGGGGAAGUGGAAACUUCAUACGCUACCCAAAUGGAUGCAGCACAUUGCUACCUGCUGAAUCUCCAUUGACUACCGAGUAGAGCUCACUACUCUAUGAAAAGCUGCCAGACUUGUUAGAGUGAAAGCUCACGUGCUAUUUCUUGGUGUCUGAGUUUUAUGCUGUGUCAGCAACUAAGGCUAUUUUACAGCAAGAGAAGGUUACAUUACUUUGAAAGGGUGAAAAACAAUACUCACAGGUUAUACAAUAACACCACUAACAAUAUAAACCAAUGUAACGAAAAAAAGAUAAUUUAAAAGGGGUAGGUAAUAUGUUAAAAGACCAAUAAACAAGAACUGGAAAAAAACAUAACCUCAAAUCCCUACCAUCUUUACAACUGAAAAAUAGCUGCUGAUGCGAUGGCUAUAAACUAGAAAACCUAAAAAAGUAUAGUAAAAAAUUGCUGUCAGAUACUUCAGAGGCGUAAUUAAAGCAUGUUUGUACAACAGUAAACGGUCUCUGGCACCAAGGGUAAACUGGGAGAGGUUUGCUUAUAAAAGGCGGGACUGUGUGUCCCAUCCUAAGUCUACUAAGUACUACCUCUUGUUGUACAGAACGUCCUGGGGGUGGACAGUCAGAAAGACAGGGAAGGAUGGAAUGUAACUUAUUCUGGCCCAGAGGGUACCAGUGUCGUUGCCACAGGGACUAGACAUAGGCCAUGAAGAUAGAUGCAAAGUGAGAUAACACCAGUGACUGCAAUUAACCAGGAGAAUGGCAAGCACCUUUGAUAGCCUGGUCUGCUCAUUGUUGGGAUGUCAGCAUGGCUGGGAGCCCAAAUAAAGACAACGUCCUUGUGACAAAAAGAGCCGCAUAAAUGGUAUGGGGCUGGACCAUGAGAGGGUGAUCAAAAUGUCAGGAAAAAAGAUCUUGGAGAGUAGAAAGUGAGUCUCACAUGAUUUAUGUUCUGCUCCAAAGAUCAGUGAAGGUGUUGCAAGGCUAGAAAAAUGAUGUGAAGUUUUGCAGAGAAAAAUAACCAUCCACAAACUGGGCUGAAAAGGCCUGUUUAGACUGGCAGGAUGGGACUGCUGCUGCAGCUGAAGGUCCAACAUUUGGAACUUUAGCACUAGAAUAGAAUCCAAGAUAGUCAAAGAAUUUCCUGCAGGCAUUCCAGAAAGAUGAGGUCAUUAGUGUCACCUUUUUUUUUAAAUGUUAUAAGAUCAAGAAGAAUUCAAGGAGGAGCUGGCAGGAGAGAGAGAGACUUUACCUGUUGAGCAUAUAGUCCUCCGGCAGUCUCUAAACGAGGUAUAAUAUAGAGGGAGUAACAGAGGAUGACGCAUUUCAGUUUAUUUGCAGAGACUACAUGAAGGGUCUCCCACCACCAAUUGGGGGAACUUACCUUGUAGUGGUGUGGUGGGUUGUGCUUUGUGGAUCCACAGAGCUAAGUCGGCAGGAGCCUUGUGCUCCUGGCAGGUCUGACCAAGCCGAAUAGGUUUGCCAGGGUAGAGGCCUGACUAAAAUGUUGCACUCUGGCCUUACAGUUUGGGAGUUUUACUUUCGGCUAACAACCCACUUACAUAAAAAAAAAUGUUACAAUAAACCGCAACAGUACCACAACAGGGGCCUGGCCGGGAAGAUUACUCUCUAGAAGAGCUUGUGAUGCGUGCUGGUGAAAACCACAGGGAAGCCAGCUUGCCGACUCAUCUUUUGACAACCAAGGCAAGAACUAGGAUAGGGACCUGGAACAUUAGAACCCUCUACAAAAGCAGCAAGCGAAAUGAGAGAAUACAACAUCAGGGCUUUUGGGCUAUGUGAAACCAGAUGAAAUGGAAGUGGCCAGACCUGACUAAAAUCAGGAAAAACCUCUGACCUCAAAGACCUGGACCACCAUCAUAUCCAGAAAGUAGCACUGCUGAUGUCAACAGAGGCAACAAAGGCGCUGAUAACCUGGGAACCAGUCUCGCCACGGCUCAUGUCAGCAAGAUUCAACGCUAAAUGAAGGAAGAUCACCAUCAUCCAAAGCUAUACACCAACAAAUGCAGCAGAUGAAGAGAAAAAAAAAAGAAUUCUAUAGUUCAUUGCAGUCUGUGCUUGACUACACACCAAGAAGGGAUCAGAAGAUCAUUAUGGGAGACCUAAAUGCCAAGUGGGAGAUGAGAACACCAACAGGGAACUCAUUGUGGGAAGACAUGGCGUUGGCAUUUGCAAUGAAAACGGGGAGCUUUUCACAGACUUCUGUGCUUUCACUUCAUAGGUGGCACUGUUUCCCCUGAUGACCAGAUGGAAAACCAGAUUGACCAUGUAAUAGUUUCUUGAAAGUGGAGAAGGAGCACUAAGAGCAUGCUCAGAAUUUAAGGGUUUACACAUUUUGCAAUUAUUAUUAUUAAAACGUAAAAGGGGACUGAUUACAUAAAACCCCGGAUGUACCUUCACGGGAUAACUCUUGUCACGACAAGUGCCAAACAGUCAUGUGUUUAAACUUUUUACUGUAAUUUCUGCAUUGUGAUCACGUGGGCAUUCUCCUGAGGGUUUGAUCCACCUUUCUGAUUAUCGAUCUAUUCUGCUCUAGGCAAAAGACUUUUUGAUGUGUAGAUCUAUCUCACUGACAUCUUAGUCUAUGAAUGCGUCCAGCAAAAGACGACCUGGCAUUCCCCUUAACGUUUGAGAGAGAGCCAGAGGAAUUUUGUCUUUCCAUCAUGUCUCAAAUCCAAGCACUUAUAUAUAUAUAGCGUUUUAGUGUGGUGCUCUAUUAAUUGUCAAAACACUGUGAUAAUCUUCAAUAAAAAAUUAUAUAAUGGAA